AUGGAUCAAGAAACAAUCACUAUUGAUACUAGUUAUAGCGCAUUCGUUCAAAGGACUUUACCGCAAAAAGAAAGCGAUCCUAGAAGGGUUACAUUACCGAUUACAAUAGGAAAUGUCUACAUUGGAAAAUGUUUGAUUGAUUUGGGCUCUAGUAUCAAAUUUAGUCUGUUAUUCGUUGUGAAGAGGUUAGGAAGAAUUGAGUUGAAAACAACAAGGAUGACAUUGCAAUUGGCCAACAAGUCUAUAACUCGUCCUCAUGGAGUCGCGGAAGAUGUGUUAGUAAAAAUGGAUAAAUUCUUGUUCCCGGUUGACUUUGUUGUUAUUGACAUGGAGGAAGACGAUGAUGCACCAUUGAUUCUUGGUCGACCUUUCACGAAGACUGCUAGAAUGAUGAUUGACAUCGAUUAUGGUCUAAUGAAGGUGGGAGUUCAAGAUGAAUAG